ACUCUCAGAGGCUGGCCAGACGCCACCUCCCCUCCACGCUGUCCUCCUCCUCGCCUCCCCUCCAGCCGCCGCCGCCGCUCUGCUGCCAGCACUGUCACUUCCACUCCACCCUGUGCUGCCCCUGUGGACAGCAGGAGUGCCCCCUCUUCCAGAACCCCGCCACAGGACCAGGGCCCGGCUCCGUUCCCCACCCGGGGGCCGCUUCGUCCUGCCCCUGCUGCCUCUCCACCUGCACAUACCCCCACCCUCCUCACCCAUCCUCCCCCCUCGCUCUCCAUCACCACCAUCACCAGCGCUGGCAGGAGCACCUCCAGAGUCAGACGCAUGCAGCCGGGAUCAGCCCUGCAAGGCCCUUUCGAUUCCCCAAAAGCUAUGCCGAGCUGAUAGCAGACUGGCCUGUGGUGGUUCUGGGGGUUUGCACGGUGCUCAUCGUGAUCUGUGCCCUCGUAGGCGUCCUGGUACCCGACCUGCCAGAUUUCUCAGAUCCGUUGCUGGGUUUCGAGCCGCGAGGAACUGCCAUCGGCCAGCGACUCGUCACGUGGAACAACAUGGUGAAGAACACCGGCUACAAAGCCACUCUGGCCAACUACCCCUUCAAAUAUGCAGACGAACAGGCCAAAAAUCACCAAGAACCCAGGUGGCCAGAAGACCACUUUGACAGAGACAAACGACAAGCUGAGUGGGACUUCAGCAAAGAGUUCUUCUGCGAUGUUCCAGGUAAGAUUUUAAAU